CUCGGGUUAUGUACUUUCACUUCCAUCAUCAAGAAAGGAGGAUCUUGUGUAAAGUGUUGCGUUAAAUUUAUUGAAUGAUAAACGUUUGUGGUUUAAGUGUAAUAGUGAAUCUCAAGCCCGAAGCCUCUAGGAUAGUUUAAAGCUUUUAAGUAAAGGAAGCUGUCAACCGCACCCAGACCCCCACUGCUGAGAUCCCAGCGACGUGAUUGGUUCAGUUCUGACGUCAUCGUUCUCUUCCCUUGCGAUUGGCUUAAUUUUACCUGACGUCACUGAGGUCUUAAUGAAUGGUAUAUUUUAAAGGAGAAUUUUAUUUUAUAUAAAUAUAUAGAUUUAUUUGAAUUGUAGAAAUGGCAAGUGUAGUGUUCUACUGUCAUAAGAUAUCAUUGCGCUACUUAUUAGAGAAGGUGAUGAAACUUAAAACACCUCUCGUAAUCUGAAGUGGGCGGAGCUGAUGGAAGAAGGCACGAGACGGUGAAAACUCGGAGGACUCAGUAGAGACGCGACUAGCGUGCUGUUUGGAGGUGAAAGUAGCCGACCUUGUGUAUCCUCGCCUUGUGAAUGAGGUAUCAAAAGUAUAGUCAAUGUAUAUUGACACUUCGAAAACUCUUAAAAUGGCAUUCAAAUUAAUACUGAUAACGGUAAUAUCCCUGGCUGGAUUGUCAUCAGGUUUCCAGUAUUCUGAUUUAAUAGCAAUUAAUGCAACAUGUCCACCUAAAGACACGUGCAAUAUUGACAAGGGCCCUCGCAUGGGCGAUCCUAAUGACUGGAAGGAGAGAAACUGUUUUUGUGAUUAUCUCUGUGCUGAAUAUGGAGACUGUUGUCUUGAUGCCAAUGCAUACAAAGUGGACGAGCAAACUAAGCCUGAUCAUUAUAAAUGUGUGCAUCUGAAACAAUUUGGAGACCUUUACAUGCGAGGGUCUUGCAUGUCAGGCUGGGAGGACUUGGAAAUAGCUAUGUUGUGUUCCAGUGGCUCGCCAGACACAAACGCUGACAGGAGUGACCCCAUGGCUGGCCUGCCAGUUACCAGCAUAGAUUCCUCUGUCACCUACACUAACUAUUACUGUGCCGUUUGCAACAACGACUCCACCUCGCUGCAGCUGUGGCAGUCUCGUCUCGAGUGUCCUACUCUCUCCAGCUACCAGUCGCGUUUUAGAAACUUGACCAUGCAGUAUGUCUCUUCGAAUUUAGUGUUCAAUAACGACAACUGGGGCCUCUACAUAGAUGACUACGGGGUUGAUGUAUUCCACGCCUGCUUCAUAAAUCCUGUCGUACCAGAGACUGUGCUCCAUCUGGUGAGACCAUGCAAGUUGAUGACUGCUACAUGUGCUGCUAAUUGGACGGACACACAAGUGGAAAAUCUGUGUCAUUUAUACACUGCUGUUGUAUAUAAUCUUGAACAGGCGUACAGGAAUCCUCACUGUGCCCAGUGCAACUUUGUACCCAAGAAGUACACCCUUUGCUUUCAUGGAUCAUUCACCAGGUUUUAUUUCGGCGAUGAGUUCAAUCCGAGUGCCUUUUCUCUGCUAUUUGAUUUUAUGGACAGAAGUGGAAGUAAUGUUGUAGGGUCGAUAUCUGCUUGCAAGACAGGUGAAGUGUUGGAUCCGUUUUUCAAGAAGUGCAGGAAUGUGGUGUGUGGGAAGACUAACCAAGAAUACCGGUUUGGCCGUUGUAUUGACAGAGACGUUAUCAGCUACCCAGAAAGAGAGAAUUUCACUACAUCCACAACCAUCACCCCUGUUGGCAGUAAAACUAUCACAACAAUCGAGCUCCUUAACUCGACCACGCAGAGUAGUGAAGACCUGUUAGUCAGCACUACCUUCAUCCCUGUCGAGGUAGAUACAGUGACUCCAUCAGUCACGACUCGUUUUCCAAUACCCAGUGAAGAAUUUACUAGUUUGCCAAAUGCCACUACAGAGAAGACGCAGACUCUGACUUGCGAGAGAUUCCUCCUUCCUGCUGAAGAGUUUACAAUGAGUGCCAACGGUACUGUUGUUGUUGAAAAGUAUCGUCGAACUUACCAGCCGCAAGAUUAUGAACAAACGGAAGGUGGGAUUCUCAUAUGCAUCAUUCAGCCUGAAACAGACAAGUUCUCUCGUUUGAUGGGCUGGGUGUCAUUGGCAGGGCUAGGCCUCUCCUGUGUCUGUCUCCUGUUGCAUCUGAUUGCGUUUUUGAUAGUUCCAGACCUAAGAAACCUGUCAGGAAAAAAUCUGGCUUCCCUUUGCCUAGCUCUUUUAGCUGCCUAUACAACUUUCAUACUUAGUGUGUUUGGGGAGCCAGGCAAAAGCGAGUGCUUUAUUCUAGCUGCUGCUAUGUACUACUUCUUCGUCUCUUCCUUUUGCUGGAUGAAUGUGAUGGCAUUCGACAUCUGGAGGACGUUAAAAUUGGCAACUUCAGAGCUUAGAGUAUCAGCAGGCGGACAAUGGAGUAAAUUUAUUGUUUACUCCAUCCACGGGUGGCUAUUCCCGGCUGCUGCUCUUUCAAUUUUGGUAACACUAGAUUUAGUAAGACCCGAUAUCAUGCCUCCAUACUACUUUCCAACACUUGGAGAACGCUGGUGUUGGUUUGGACAACGUAAAGCACUUCUGGUAUUUUUUGCAGCUCCAUUGGCAACAAUAAUGUUGGUAAAUUUAGUUUUCUUCAUCUUUUCUGCUCGCAUAAUCGCCAGUACGACACAGUCGACGGCGAAAAUGACAUCAUGUUCACCACACCAGAACCAAUUCAAGCUGUAUAUGCGUUUGGCACUGUUGAUGGGCGUCACAUGGAUCAGCGGCAUCGUAGCUGGCUAUUUACAAAUGGAACCCAUCUGGUAUAUUUUUGUGCUGCUGAACACUUUGCAAGGAGUCUUCAUCUUCCUGGCGUUUACGUGCACGCGAAAGGUUUGGCGCGUGGCUGUAAGUGGGUGCUGGAGGCAGGUGAUGCUUGCCAGUCGCAGCGCCCACUGUGUAGCCAGAAGCCCCUCCUCCAGCAGACAAGGCCUAGAGUCCCGUGACUCUCAAGACUCUCAGCUUUCACACACCUCCCAUUCCUCAGUCACACACCUCACUUCAAACUCCCGCACCUCCGUCGACGCCUUCUAGAAAGGUUUUACAGGAUCCCAGCCAUGGUGGUCGAACCUACUUCAAUAAAGCUUUACUAAGUUUUAUAAAGUUUAAUAAUUAUGCCACCAACCACUUGAUAAUGACUAUCAACCAGUUGGACUUUUCUUGAAUUCUGAAACUGCUAGAAAUCUGUCAACCUAGUAUUUGUCUUCAGUAACCUCAGUGAUGUGUGAAAUACUAAUACUCAUGUUGAACUGAUUAGUGUUUUAAUAUGGAAAUAGACUACAUUGAUGUGGCUAUAUUCUGGGUAAUAUGUGAUAGUGACACCUAUGUUACACACGGUCACGCUCAUUUAUGCGUUCGUGUUCUUAUGCUAGUCGAAUGUGCUCUUAGUUGUGUAAGUGUUAACAUUAAUUUACCUCUUUUACUUCCACUUCUUGAUGGAAUGUUGUGUUCUGUAAACUUAAGAAUGCGUAGAUAAUUAUGUAAGAUCUUUAAUAUUAAUUUACCUUAAACCUGAUACUUCAUAUUAAAUAUUUUUAAAUGUUAACGUGUGUGGCCAUUGUUAAUACAUGUAAUGAAGGUGUAUAAAAUCUGAAUUUGCUAAAAAAGUCUAUCGAUGCGUGGCAAAUAUGUGCAUAUCACAAAUAUUCUGUACUUAGGAGGAAACUUAAGAGGUUGGUUCACUCUAGACCGCUAUCCUGUCAGUUGGUUGUGACUUCACUAUGGUCCAAGACGGACCCAAGUCGUCAAAAGUUUUCUCUUAAGUGUGGGUUUUGAAUUCUUCCAGCCACGGUAUUGUUACGUUUAUUCUUUGUGUAUGUAUAAUGUGAAAUUUCUUGUGAAUAUUUUAAUUAUACAAAUCAAUAACUUUGUAAAGCAUGCUUGAACUCGCGCUGAUUGAAGUUAACAUUACCAAAGUAUUUUUAUUAGCUGUAUAAUGUUUUGUAUAUACCUCUCACAAGUAGGAACUCGUCAGGGAUAGUCUUCACAUAAUUGAUUUUUUUUACAUGUUUGAAAAUGGUAGAAUUUGGUAUCAGUUAUGUAUUCAUAAUUAUUUUAUAAUGCACGUUAUUAAUUUGUGUAAAGCAUUAACAACAAAGGCAUUCUAAAAAGAAAUAUAAUAAAAUGAAUACAUAAUAUUCUUUGAUGUUUUGGUUUAUCUAGCUUUUAACGCUACAAUCACUAAUGAGAGAUGCUGAGCUCAUGGACCUGGUAUUAUAUUGUUGAUAAAUACAAAUGUUUUUAAAGGGACCUCGCUAAGUUUUUGUGAUAAUGGUUUCCAAGACAUCUCCAAUCCCUGUGUAAAUAUUAUGUAAAUACAUUUAAAUUCUACAUAUCAAUAAAAAGAAAAUUAGA